UUAGUAUAGUCAAUAGUGCAAGACCUUGGAUAAAGCAGUUUAUGAGUUAAGAAAUUCCACUAUACUUGAAAACCACCAAGCACAUGUUACUUAUUGGCUUACUCUUCACCAUCCAUUAAUGAUCAAUGGCUUCUCUGCAAGCCCUGUGGCCAUGUAGUCAGAUUAAGCAUCAAGGUUGUAUUAGAUACCACCGUGACAGGAUCGCCAAGAAAAGCUUUAAAGUGAGAUUUGAAGGUGGGAAUGUUUCAAAUUCAGACCAAGGAAGAAGGAAGCUAAGAGUGUUAAUAGCUGGUGGUGGCAUUGGUGGGCUUGUUUUGGCUCUGGCUGCAAAGCACAGAGGGCAUGAAGUGAAGGUGUUUGAGAAGGAUUUCAGUGUUGUUAGAGGGGAAGGUAGGCAUCGUGGCCCAAUUCAACUCUUGAGUAGUGCUCUUGCUGUGUUGGAAGCCAUUGAUCACAGUGUUGCAAAGCAGAUAAUGGAAGCUGGUUGUGUCACUGGAAACAGGACUAAUGGCCUUGCUGAUGGUUUAUCUGGGGAGUGGUUCACUGAGUUUGAUCUUUUGACUCCUGCUUCAAGGAAAGGGCUUCCUAUUACUCUAGUCAUAUGCAGAAUGACACUGCAAGAUAUACUAGUCAAAGCAGUUGGUUCCCAAAUACUUAGAAACAAAUCAAAAGUUGUGGAUUUUAUUCAGGGACCUAGCAAGGUUACUGUGGUUCUUGAAAAUGGAAAGCAAUAUGAGGGUGAUAUUUUAAUAGGGGCAGAUGGAAUAUGGUCAGAAGUGCGUUCAAAACUCUUUGGCUGGCAGAAAGCUAAGUACUCAGGUUUCACAUGCUAUAGUGGAUUAACAAACCAUGUUCCCUCAUAUAUUGAUACUAUAGGGUAUAGGGUGUUCUUGGGUUUGAACCAGUAUUUUGUAGCUUCAGAUGUUGGCCAUGGGAAGAUGCAAUGGUAUGCUUUCCAUGAAGAACCACCUUCAAGUUCCCUUUUCCCAGAAGUUCCUGCAGGUAAGAAAAAGAGACUAAUGGAUCUGUUUGGUAAGUGGUGUGAUGAAGUUAUCACACUGAUAUCAGAUACACCAGAGGAUAUGAUACUGCAGAGGGAUAUAUAUGACAGAGACAUGAUCUACACCUGGGGGAUUGGGAGAGUGACUUUAAUAGGUGAUGCUGCACAUCCAAUGCAACCAAAUCUUGGCCAAGGGGGAUGUAUGGCAAUAGAGGAUUGUUACCAACUGAUACUUGAGCUUGACAAGGUUGCUCAAAAUGGUUCUGGUGACUUUGAUGUUAUCUCAGCCCUUAGAAGAUAUGAGAAGAAAAGAAUCCCACGAGUUAGGGUCUUGCACACAGCUAGCCGGUUGGCAUCAAAAUUGCUAGUCAACUACAGACCUUAUAUUGAGUUUAAAUUUUGGCCUUUAUCGCAGAAUCUAGCAAAUAUGAAGAUAAAGCACCCCGGAAUUUAUGUAGCUCGUGCCCUUUUGAAGUUCACUUUUCCACAUUUUGUUACUUGGAUGAUUGCAGGCCAUGGGUUAUGGUGAGGAUACAUGGGAAACGUUGGUAAACAAAGCUUAUGACAUUUAGCAUUUCGUGGUUGUAACUAGAAUAAUUGUAUUGGACUAUGGAGAUUAUUUUUUCUUUUUUUAAACUAAGGUAACAUUUGGUAAAUAGGUUAAAACUAAGGGAAAUGCUAGCAACAUUUUGUUUUACA